AUUAAAAAAAACAACAGUCAAUAAUAUUUUCAACACGUCCGCAAAACAAAAAGUAUACAUGAAAUUAAAAUUAUAAAACACUUAAAACUGAAAAAUUUAUCAAUACUAUUGGAUUCUAAAAACCAUAUUUUACUUUUUUAUUUUGAAGUGUAAGCUUAAAGAUAUAAAUCCUGAUCAAUAAGGGGUGGUGUUGAAUUUACAAAUAUAUAUUUUAUUUUAUAUAUCUACUUCCUAAUAACGUUUAAAGCUAUGCAUUGGUAUAAAUUAUUUCCUAAUAAAGAAGCCUUUAUCGUUUUUCUAUUAUAUAUUGUUUUAUUUGUAUUCCAAGGUGUUUUCAUAACAGCAUCAAAAACAGAAAAUGGAAUUUAUGACUACAAUACAACACUCGUUGUAUUUUUAUCAGAGUUGUUAAAGCUUAUCAUUUCAGCUGCCCUAUAUACAAUAAAAAAAGGGAAUAAACCAAACAUUUUUAAAGCUGUAUUUAAUAAUUAUAGCCUACUUUUAUACUACUUUAUCCCAUCACUUUUGUAUUGCUUCUACAAUAACUUGGCAUUUAUAAACUUAUCUCAUUACGAUCCAACAUCAUAUUAUGUUCUACUGCAAUUCAGAGUGGUAAUAACAGCAUUAAUAUUUCAGUUUUUAUUUCGAAGAAAACUUACCUUCAUGCAAUGGAUUUCUUUGGGUAUUCUAACUUUUGGAUGUAUGAUAAAAAAUUUCGAUUCUGCCACACUACAGUCAUCAGAAAAUUCAGAUAUUUGGUCUCAGAUAUUUAAUAUUUAUUUUUUGUCAAUUAACUUUCAAAACUUUUGCUCUUGCUUGGCAGGCACAUAUAAUGAGUACCUACUUAAAACCAAAGGUUCUAAUGUAGAUAUCUUUUUACAAAAUGUAUUCAUGUAUUUAGACUCUGUUAUAUGUAAUUUCUUUGUUCUUAUGUGUAAAGGUGAAUUGGGCACAAUAUUUAAAGAUUUUGAAUCUUUAAAUGAUGUAUUUGUAAUACUCAUAACGGUUAAUAGUGCUAUAGUUGGUAUAGUCACUAGCUUUUUUUUGAAGAAUUUAAAUUCAAUUUUAAAAACAUAUGCCAGUGCUCUUGAGCUUGUUAUCACAGCCAUAGUUUGUUACAUACUCUUUAACAUAAUUAUAACAUGGUAUACUGUGACAUCAAUAUGCUUAGUUAGUAUUGCAGUUGCCAUGUACUUGAAAAAUCCUGUGAACAAUGCCAAUUCUAACCAAGAUGAUACAAAAGAUAAAAAACCCCUCCUAGAGGUAGUAAGUAAUUAAGUAUCUAUUUCAAUGAAUAUAAUUAUUUAUUAUAAGGCCUAAGCAAUAGAUUUGUUGAUUGUCUUUGCAACAUGUACAAAAAAAGCUUAAAUUAAUAUUGUUACCAUUUUCGAAUAAGUAGUGUAUGUAAGGGUAUAAUAUAUAUAUAUGUAUAUGUAUGUAUAUAUACAUAAUAGGUGUAAACUAUAUCAUUGUUCCUUAAAUACUAAAAACAAAUCUCACAUUUAGCAUAUAAGAUAUAAUUCAGACCAUUUAAACAAAUAUUUUGGAAUUUUUUUUUUUGAAGAUUUGACAAUUAAAAUCCCUUAAGUGACAGAUUUAUGGUGAUUCUUAUGAUAUAUGAGGUGCUCUCUGCACCUCAUAUAUCAUACCAAUAAUUUAUAAAUUUUAAUAUUUAAUUAUUAUUUUGUUUUUUUUUAUAAUAAUUUUACUAAAUUUAAUUACAAGUCUUAAUUCUACCACCAUUAGUCCAAUGUUUACAUAAUCUAUAAAAAGAAGUAUUGAUAUUAAAGCAUUGAUAAUAUGUUUGGAGAUAAUAACUAUAAGGUUUGUACACUUAUUGUUUGACUGUGAAGACUAUAAGUCAUAGAGAAUUUGUUAAUAAAAUAAAUAUGUUUUUGGAUUUAAAUGUGUAACAGUAUCAAAGUACUCGUAUAAAAAAAACAACAUUAGGUAUAAUUUGUCAGUAUUAUAUGUUAUGCCAUAUUGAUAAUCUUAUAAAAUGUACAUGCAAAUAUUAAUAAACUUGAUAAAGAA